GAGAUUCCCAAGAUGGCGGCACUGGCUGAGAGGGGGUACGCGCUGUCCUGCGGGCGCCUCGGCCGCGGCACACGAGUCUCUGUCUUCCACGUCAAGCUGACUGAAUCGGCCCUGCGAGCCUUCGAGGCCUACCAGGGACGCAAGGAUUCUGUGGGUUUGAAGCCAUCGAUCCAGUUUCAAGGAAGUCAAGGGCACAUCUCAAUACCGAGACCAGACUGCCCAACAGGAGUUCGGACAUUUUCCUUUUAUCUCUCUAAUAUUGGCAAGGACAGCCCUCAGGGGAGUUUUGAUUGCAUCCAGCAGUAUGUGUCCAGCAAUGGUAACAUUCAGCUGGAUUGCCUUGGCAGCAUCCAGGACAAAAUCACUGUCUGUGCCACCGAUGAAUCCUACCAGAAGGCAAAGCAGAGCAUGGCCCUGGUGGAAGAGGAGACACGGAGCCGGGGCGCCAUUGUCAUCAAGCCUGGAGGGCGUUACGUUGGAAAGACCGUUAAGAUGCGUAAGCCUGCACCAGGGGGUUCCGACACUGUUCCCUCACGGAUACGCCCAACACCUGUCAACCUCGCCAAUGCCAUCAGGAAGGGCAAUAGUGCCGUCUCCCAGAGGCCUUUCAAAGAUCGGGUGAUGCACUUGCUGGCUCUCAAGCCUUAUAAGAAACCAGAACUCCUCCUUAGGUUGCAAAAGGAUGGCCUUUGUCUGCAAGAUAAGGAUUCCUUGGACAGCCUCUUGCAGCAGGUUGCAAACGUGAACGCCAAAGACAGCACAUGCACCCUGAAAGAUUAUCUUUACAAAGAGGUGCAGAAGGACUGGCCCGGCUACUCAGAGGGAGACCAACAGCUGCUGAAGAGGAUCCUCUUCCGGAAACUCUGCCCACCACAGAAUCCCAGCUGCGUCCCUGAGAAUUCUGCUCCCAGCCCCCCAAGGGACACCGCAAACGUUUCCUCCUCCCCUCCCCAGAAGCGACCCCUGGACUUUAUUGACCCCCUCGCCAACAAAAAGCCAAGGAUCUCUCACUGUGCCCAAAGGACUCAGCCCACUUUCAACGGCAAACUCAGCUCUGCCAAUGGGAAGGAGACCUCUUUGCCCACCAUGGUGGCGGCUGAUUCAGUCAGCUCUAGCUCUCUUUUGCCCACUCUGGAGCUACCUAGGCCUCACGACCCACUUGCUGAUGUUAGCAAUGAUCUAAACCAUAACGGCAAAGACUUUGAGAUGGCAGAGCCGGCCGAAAGGCGGACAGCAAGCCGGUCGGCCGCAGCCCCAGCCCAGACGAGCAAACACAAUUGUGUUCCGCACUCAAAAUCCAGGAAGAAGAAACAUAAGGAACGAGAAAGGAAGGAGGAGCAGCAACAGGUCCACGAGAAGCCAAACUGUGAACUAAAGAAGGGUGGCUCCAAAAUGAGCCCCUCACAAGACAGCGCAGGUUUAAACAGGACGUGCAACAGCUCCAGUGUCCCAUCUUCUACAUCAGGGAGGCCAGACUACUUGCUAAAAUACGGUGCCAUCUCUUCCUCGGAGCAACGUCAGAGCUACAAGAAUGAUUUCAACGCGGAGUACGGCGAGUAUCGCGACCUCCAUGCUCGUAUUGAGCGGAUAACCCGACGGUUCAUGCAGCUGGAUUCAGAACUAAAGCAACUAUCUCAGGGCUCGGAAGAAUACAAGAUGAUCCACGAUCAGAUCUUGCAAGAAUACCGAAAAAUUAAAAAGACUAAUCCAAAUUACAGCCAGGAGAAGAACCGCUGUGAAUAUCUCCACAACAAACUGGCCCAUAUCAAAAAACUGAUCGCUGAAUACGACCAACAGCAGUUUCAGUCUUGGCACUGAGCCUGGGGGGGGGGCAGUUAAAGAAAGGAAAGUUUGCUUAUUCUUAGAUGCCAACAAAUGAGCCUUCCUCCCCAAGAAUUGACUGCUCUUAUUCUCCCCACACACCUCCAAAUGCAGGUUCAGUUUAGAGUCGGAAGCAAAGGGUUGUCUGGGCUCUGUUGCAUAUUCUACCAGCUGGGGGAAAGAGCUCAUGUUCCUGGGGAUGGGAGGGAACAACUCCAUAUACAAACCUGUCUGUCCGCUGUCCAUUAAAUUCUUGCAUAACUCACUGCUUUCUUGUUUGUAUUUCUGCAAUCUCCCCUUUCCUUCCUGGCCAGGAUUUAGUGAACCAGUCAAGAGCCGGAUGCUGCUUUAAUGUCCCUAGCAUGGCUGGCCCAUUGUCAGAGAAGUUUCUUCAUCUUUCCUGCCUUCUCUAUGCAGCAGCUUAAGUUUUCUGAAUUGCCGACUGUCCGGACAGAAUCUGUUUCUGGAUAUUAAUUUUAAAAGAGGGGAAUCUUAGAAUGAAGCUUGUUUCUGUGAUCAAGAUGAAGAGUCCCAUUUCACUGUGAAUGAUCCUCAGAUCUUUCUGUGGUCUCAUUUGGUGGGAUCCUUAACCGUGUUUCCCCCCCCCCCAUAAUAGCAAAUAGCGGAGGGGGGGAAGGGAGGCAUGGUAAAAUGUGGGGUCUGAGCUCCCCUUUUUUUAAAAACUGAACUUCUCCAAAGGGAACAGCACAAAAUCAAAGCUCAUAUUAAGAGAGGAUGCUUCUUUUCUGAAGAAUAUAUCCAAUUUGCCAGCCAA